CCAGUUGGACCCUUGUCCUCAUAGUUUUUCUGUUUUGUCGCAUAAAUUGUCCUUUUUCUUGUAUUUUCUUCAUUUUCUUGUUAUUAUUUUUUAUAAAAAAUGACCAACGACGAUUUUACGAAUUAUUCAUUCAUCCGCUGCCUCGGCAACGGGACAUUUGGGAGCGUCAGACUCUAUCGUGAUAUCCGGACAGGGCAGAAAGCCGUGAUUAAGACAAUAAAGUUCCUCUCGAACAACAUUUCCCCAGACGACGUAGCCAACGAAAUUCUCAUCAUGUCGCAGCUGGAUCAUCCACGCAUCAUAAGAUUCCUCUCCUGCUUCGAAGAUUGCUUUGCUGAGAAGCUAAAUAUUGUGAUGGAGUACGCUUGUGGGGGCACAUUGCAUGGAAUAAUUGAACGACAUCGCCUUGAGGCAUCCCCAAUGGCAGAGAAGCUCAUCCUGCGUCUCUUCUGUGAGCUCCUCAUGGGUCUUGACUAUCUCCACAUGCGCAACAUCAUCCACUGCGACCUGAAACCGGAAAAUGUUCUCCUGGACGCACAUAUGCGCGUUAAAAUCGCAGAUUUUGGCAUUUCCAUCAUCUCGGAGAAUCCUUCGAAGCCCGUGCAAGGGGAAGCUUUUGGAACGCCCAUCUACAUGGCCCCGGAGGUCUACACAAUGCGCUCAUAUAGCUCUUCCAGUGACGUUUGGGCCUUGGGGGUAGUUCUCUAUGAAAUGUGCACCUUCCAUCCUCCCUUUGUUGGCUCAACAAUUGAUCAACUCUCUCACGCAAUUCACAGCGGAGAUUUCACCCCCAUCCCAUACCGCGCCCUUGGCUACGACAAACACUUCCAGGUAAUUGUUAAAAUGAUGAUUCAGCCCCGGGCUGAGGAUCGAUGCACCAUUGGGGGGAUUAUCUGCCUCCCCUUCAUCACAAAACCCUUCUACGAGACAAUCUUUGCCUGA